CCCAGCUUCUAUCUUCUUUCAGUCGCACCGUUUUUGCUGCAGUAAAUGGUAGCCGUUGGAGAGGGCAAUAAAGCGAGAAAACACAACAGAAAAGAAAGAAGCCCGCUAAGGGAAGCGUGAACCGGACAUUAUCGUGAGCACCAUCAGUGGGUAGAGAUCCCGCACGCAGCGAACGUGAAACGUGGGCUUCACAGGCACAUAUAGAAGCAUAUAGGUUUUACAAGGUUUCAGCAUAACGGACAGACGGAUGAGAGAAUUUUUGCAAGUGAACAUGGCAUUUUCGUCAUUCCCACUGUCUACACUCAUUGCCCUGGUACUUCUUGUGGCAUCCAUUCAGAGCAACUCCAUGUAUGAUGAUGAUGAAGAUCCUUUCCAGCCAGUGACCUCAGAUGAGACAGUGGCAGAGGGAGGUACAGUGACUCUGACAUGCCGUGUGGCUGAGACUGAUAAUUCCUCCCUCCAGUGGUCCAACACUGCACAACAGACACUCUACUUUGGAGCUAAAAGAGCUUUGAGAGAUCACCGUAUCCAGUUACAUAAGUCCACACCCACAGAGCUGUCAAUCACCAUCUCCAAUGUGCAGCUGUCAGAUGAUGGAGAAUACACCUGCUCCAUCUUCACCAUGCCUGUACGGAUUGCACGAGCCACCGUCACUGUACUCGGAGUACCCGGGAAGCCAGUAAUAGCAGGUUUCGAGGAUCCAGUGCAGGAAGGAGGGAGUGUGACACUUACCUGCACCAGCACGGGUAGCAAACCUCCUGCUCAGCUGUACUGGUAUAAAGGACAGGAAAAGCUGGAGGCUCGUCCCAAUGUGGUGGAGUCAAACCCCAAUGAGCCGACAUAUACUGUGACAAGUGUGCUCACGCUGCCGGUGACCAGGAGCGAUAACAAUGCCAUGAUCGGCUGUGCUGUGGACCAUCCAUCCAUCACCAAUGCAGAGAAAAGGACAGAACAGCCUUUGAGCGUGCUAUUUUCCCCGAGUGUCUUGAUUAAGCCCGAGAGCGACCUGCCACGAGAGGGAGAGAGGUUUUCUCUGCAUUGCAUGGGGAAUGGAAACCCUGAACCCUUGUCAUUCAUGUGGCAAAAGAAAGAUGCAGAGUUCCCUCCACAGGUGAGGCCUGAUGGUGCAUACCUCCACUUUGAGGCCCUCAACAAAUCCGAUAAUGGAGUUUACUUGUGUCACGCAGACAAUGGAAUUGGCUGGAAUGAGGGAUCGUACACCUUGCUGGUACAAGACCUGGAGGAUUCCAAACUUAUGUUCCCCCCUUUCUUUACCUCUACCUCACCAUCUCAUUCUCUUUUUUCAUCUCUCCUUCACACUUUUUCACCUUCUUCCUCUCCUCCUCAGUCCACUAUCCAAGCCUCUGAUGAGACUCCCUUACUUCCAUCUUCAUCCUCUCUCCCUUCAUCCACCAUUUCUUUUUCUUCUCCUCCACUAUCUACCUCUUCUUUUCUCUCCCCUUCCUCCUUUCCCUCAUCUUUUCUGGUUUCUUCUACCUCUCCCUCUUCCUCUCUCUCUCUUUCCACCUCUCCCUCUUCUUUCUCUCCUUCCAACUCUCUCUCAUCUCUUGUCCACACCACUACUAUCUCUAACUCCCUUUUUUCUGACCUGUUUCCUCCCCACUCCUCCUCACAUACUCCUCCAACCUCAUCCCCACCUUCUCUCACUCCCCCCUUUAUCACUCCAUCCACGGUUUCCUGGCUGAAUGGAGUGUACAUUACAGACCCCACAGCAAUGUCCAGUUCAUCAGGUGUUGAUCAUGCUGUGAUUGGGGGAGUGGUGGCUGUCAUUGUCUUCAUCAUGCUCUGCCUCCUCAUUGUCCUUGGUAGAUACCUCAUUAGACACAAAGGUACGUAUCUGACCCAUGAAGCGAAGGGCUCAGACGAUGCCCAGGAUGCUGACACAGCCAUCAUCAACGCAGAAGUUCCUUUCAGGCGGAGGAAAUUUAAAAAGGACGAGAAAAAGAGUGAACAAAAAUGUGGAAAGCAGAAAAAGCUGAAAAAACUGAAGAAAGCAGAAAAAGAUCAGUUUCAGGCUAUGUUGAAACCAGGGAGUUUUGCACUGACAUCAGUAUUCACUCUCUCUUACACACACACACACACACAUACAUAUAUGUGCAUACACACAAAUAGGCGGCAUGGCUAAGUGCUCUCAGAUUCAUGCCUGUCCCCAGUCACUUCAUAUGCCUCCAUUCAACAAAGGCAAUAUGAUGGCAAAACAUAACUCACAGUGGACACAUAUAUAAUUUAACACAUACAGUACACAUUUUGAGCAGUCUACACAUUCAGUUUCAUUUCCAACACAUCUGACAUGCGCGCACACACACAAACACACACACAGAGCAAUCAAAGAACCCAAUACAACAUUCUGUUAUACUUAUGUAAUACAGUAGACACAAAGGAUAUCUUAAUACUGGGCAAUAUACACAAAACACAGACAGGCAGGCAAAUGAGCACACACACACACACACACACACACACACACACACACUCAAUGCAAACAUGCAAAGCAGCUUCUGUGCUGUUACUGUAUGGAACCCCAGAAUAAA